ACUUAGACCCACAUCAACCCAGGACCCCUGCGUGCCAUCCCAUUUAGCUGCUGGGCUUUUAACACAUUGUGAUAGAGCUAUUAUUAGGAGCAAUGGAUUAUCAAUCAGGAAUUAAUCCUGACUGAUGUGCUUGGCCCAACUGGAAAAGGACCACACUCGUUGCUUCACUGUUCAUCUGUGUGCUCAUUUGUUUUCUUCAGGAGCUGACAUGAGAGAUGAGAUGUUUUUUUCUGUUUUGUGCUCAAACUUUUGCCAGCUCCUGCUUCUCAGGACACGAGGCGCUCGCUGAGGGAGGCACUGGUUUGUCUAGCUAAUUCAUUCAAUCAUCUUCCUCUCCUUCGUCUCUUUGCCUGACUGGCUGCUGAGCUGACUUGACUCCCUGGAUGGUUGGCUCCCUUUCUCACUGGACUCUCACUGGCAGUUCGCUCACACGCUGCGCGAGCUUCGCUGAGGCAGGGGUGGAGAGAGACAGCUGGGCUGCUCAGUGUUUGGAAAGUGGGAUCUUUGCUAGAUUUCUCUUUGUGCCUGGUUUGGUGGAGUAUUAGAUGAGAGCAGGGAAAAUCUGUGCCUACCUGUCCUUCAGCGCAGACCACUGACUGUCACUACUGUGCUGCAUCCAUGACUUUACAUACCUGGCUGGUGUAUGGGUUUGGAUUUAUAUUGGUUUGGACACUCUGCUUUGCACGAGUCCAUAGUCUGCAGUGCUAUGGCUGUAACAUCAUCCAGGGCCAGAGGUACAUUGACGUGGGCUGCUCCAACCCAGAGGUCAUCACCUGCCCCCACUCUCACAAAGGCUUCAAACAUCGUUUCUGCAUCAAGACAGAGAGCACGGCCCUGGGUAUCGUCCUGACAAGUGGUUGCGCUACAUCCAGACACUGCCAGCAACAAGAACUGCCAGGGGUGCGAAUCCACUGUUGUGGCUCAGACCUAUGUAACAGCACCCCCUUCUGGCAUCCCAGCACACUCCACUAUAUCUGUGCACUGCUCACCCUCUUACUGCUAAGGAUGUGGUUGUGAUGUGAAAUAACUCUCAAGAGAAACAUAAAAUCAGUGGCCUCUUUUCGUAGCUGCUCAUGUGUAGGACUGAAUUGGGGGAUUUUUGCUCAGUAUGGCUUUAUUGGUAUGCACCUUUAAAUUGUGGUGUUCACAUUGCUUGGACUUACAGUCAGAGGGGUGGCAAAAAUAACCUUGUAAAUAAAAAAUAAUGGUGAAGCAGCUUGCAGCCAUCAGUGAAUUUAUGUCCACAUACACUUACUGUACCUUAAAGUAUGGAAUAUUAUGGAAGAUUUGUUGCCAUACAGCAUUACUCUUGUCAUGGCUAUACUGUCAUUUCAUGAAAAAAUAAAGUGAGUAAUGACACUUUGUAUGAGCAAAGCAGUAACACACUGACUUCAGUUGAAUUCACUUGUACAGGAAGACAGUCAUUUCCUUCCUUGGUUAAAGUGUUCACUAUCAUUUUUAAGAUAACAUUUUUGUGUGGUGUCCUCUGUGAACUCACAGGCUAUUCAUAUUGAAUUGUUUUAUAAUAUUAUUAUUAGUUGGGAACGCACACUGCAUGUGGUUCUUCUGUCUAUGUUUGUAAAAAAAAAAAUAUUGUUCAGUGACAGCAUGUAAUAUU